UUCUAUUAGUCCUUCUCUCAUCUCAAAAUUAUCAAAUAAAUUAACUAAGAUAUUAAAUUUAAAUAUAAUAACAGUCGACGAAAAAUAAAAAGAAAUAAAAAUAUUAAUUAAUAUAUAAAUGAAAAUAGAAAUAUAAUAAAAUCAGAAGAAGAAGAAAUGAAAAAAAUAAAUUGGAAAACAUUUUAAUAUGCUCAUCCGAUGACUGUGACUAGCUAGCACAAACUAUUUGGUAAAAUCACAAUUAUAUAUACACUUGUAUCAAUCUUCAAUAUAAUCAUUAAUCUUAAACAAUCAUUAAUUAAAAAGAGAAAAAAAAUUAAAUAAAAAUUUGUUAUAUAUAUAUAAAAAAAAAAAAAAAUUAAUUAAUAAUAACGAUGUUGGUGAAUAUUCUAAAUUAAAAUUUCAAACAAUAAAUUACCUAAAAGUGUUAAUAAUUAAAAUUGAAAAAAAAUGAAAUUACAAUUUUAUAUGAUGGAUAAUAAAUAUUUAUAGUAAUGCGAAAUGAUUAAAAAUAUUGAUGAUAAAAAAAAAAUUAAAUCAUCUCGUCAACAGCUAUUAUUGACGAGAAUAAAAAUUAAAUCAAAUGAUUAUAAUUUGUCAAUGGAUGCAUCAACAAUAACAAUGAUAAAUAAAUUAAUGAAAAAAUCAUCAAUAAAAAUUAUUAUAAAAACUGAAUUAAAAAUUAUGAAAAUAUUCAAAAUAAAUAAUAAUCAAUGACAUCCCGUCGUGACGAGGGUGAGGGGUCAAAUGUACCACCAAGUCCCUCGAGUAGUAGUUCAGAUGAUGAAAAUGGUUUUGUAAAUCGUCCAAAAGUUGUUGGUUUAUUUGUUAAAAAUUUAAGUCGUGAAGAGCUUGAUAAUUUAUCAAAGGAAGGUAUUUAUGGACCAAGUGGUCAACCUAGUACAUCAUCAACAACAACAACAAAUAAUCAACGUACUAAUUUAACAAGUGAUACUAUAAUUUAUUAUCCAUCGUCAUCGUCAUCAUCAACAACAACAGUAUCAUCAUCACCAACUGAAUUAUCAACUCCAUCAUCGUCUUUAACAUAUUCAUUAUCAACAACAACAAAUAAUCAACGUCAUAAUAAAUCAUCAAAACAUGGUAGAAAUUCUUCACGUGACAAACGUAGGCGUGAUAAAUUUCAUGAAUUACAUUUGUCCAAUGUACGACAAUUGGAUGAGAACAAUCGUAGCAAAGACAAUCGUACUAAAAUGGAUGAUGAAUCAUCAACAAAACAUUCCGAUGAUUCAUCAAGGUUAUCACCAGCUGGUUAUGAAAUAUUUGAACAAGAAGAUAGUUCAGAAAUAACAAUACGACAAUUAAAUGAUGAUUCUGUUGCUGAAAUAUCAAUUGAUAUUGAUGCUAGUGAUAUUUUUAAUAAAAGUAAUAUGGAUAAACCAUCAUUAUCUGGUGGUGGUUUAGCAUCUACAUUUGCAAAAUGUAGUCCAAAAAAAUCACAAGAUCAUGGUGAUGAAGAAAACUCACAAAAUAAAGAAGAAUAUCAUCAAGAUUUUAAUGUUUUACGUGAUAAUAAUGAUAAUAUUGAUGAGAGAAAUAAAUCUAAUCAUGGUGAUGAUGACGAUGAUAAUGAUCGUGGUGGCGAUGACAAUGAUAAUGAGGAUGAUGAUGAGGAUGAGUAUGAUGUUGAAUUAACAAUUGAAAGAAGAAAAAGAUUCCGUACACAAGACAGUAUGAGACUUCGUCCACCAUUAGUUGGUACUGCUGGUACAUCAGCUGAUUCAGGUACUGGUGGUGAUUCAGCAUCAGCUGAAAUACAAGUUGAUAAUUAUGCUGGUUUACAACCACAUUCUUUAUUAUUAUCAUCAAAUAAUGAAAAUAAUAAUAACAAUAAUGAAUUACCAGAAUCACAAAGUUUUGGUAAUAUUAGUUGUGCUAGUGGACAUGAUAAUAAUGAGUGUAGAAUAAGUGGAUAUUAUGGUGAUGGUGAUACUGGUGAUAUUGUUAAAAAAAAUACAAGUGGAUUUGGUAAAAAUAGUGGUAGUUAUCGUAAACAAGCGAGUGUUAAGCCAUUUACUAGAGAAAGUCUUGAUAGACUUGAGAAUAGAACUGUACAACUUGUUAGAGAAUACGGUUUUCAGCCGAGAAGAAAAACUUCUGUUGAAGAUGGUGCUAUACUUCCAAAUAAGUUUGAGCCAUUUCCGUCCGAUCUCUAUGGCAGACCACUUGAAGAAAUUGACAACUUUAUAUAUGAUGAGACAUUUUGUGUUGUUUCAAAAAGAUUUCGUAAAAAUUAUAUACACAGAUUUACAGCAACAAAGAGUUGGUUUAUAUUUUCACCUUGGAAUAAAGUGAGACGUUGUUGUAUCUUCCUAAGUACAAAUCAGUACUUUGAUUACGUUGUCAUACUGACAAUCGUUUUAAAUUGUGUCUUCCUUGGUAUGACAGAACCGAUUGAAGAAGCCGAAUAUAUCUUCCUCGCAAUCUACACGGCUGAAAUGGUGAUAAAGUCAAUUGCAAAAGGCUUCAUACUCAACAAAUAUACCUAUCUACGAAAUCCUUGGAAUUGGCUUGACUUUGUCGUAAUAACGAGUGGAAUUGCAACGAUUGGUAUGGAAGUCGGUAAUCUUGCUGGUUUACGUACAUUCAGAGUUCUCAGAGCACUCAAAACUGUCUCCAUAAUGCCUGGUCUCAAGACUAUUAUCAACGCUCUUCUUCACAGUUUUAAACAACUCGCUGAGGUCAUGACAUUAACAAUAUUUUGUCUAAUGGUUUUCGCCUUGUUUGCACUACAAGUUUACAUGGGGGAACUCCGAAACAAAUGUGUCAGACAUCAGGAACCUAACAUCACUCAAAUUGACUGGAGAGAGUGGACUUGGAAUUCAUCCAAUUGGGCCUUCGACGAGGACGAAAAUCCUAUCAUCUGUGGAAACGUGACGGGCGCAAGACACUGCAACGAGAGUUAUACAUGUCUGUGUGUUGGACCAAAUCCAAAUCAUGGAUACACAAAUUUUGACAAUUUUUUGUGGUCAAUGCUCACUACAUUUCAGUUGAUAACACUUGAUUAUUGGGAGGAUGUUUACAACAAGGUAUUGUCAGCGUGCGGGCCUAUCAGUGUUACAUUUUUCACGGUGGUUGUAUUCUUUGGAUCAUUUUAUUUAAUCAAUUUAAUGCUUGCUGUUGUUGCAUUGAGCUAUGAAGAAGAAGCUGAAAUAACAAACGAGGAACGUAAAAAAGAUUUAACUGAUCAUCGUGAAGAUUCAACAUUUAGUUUUGACCCAACAAAAAUAAAUAUUAAAACAUUAACAAAAGAAAAACAAAAAAAAAUUGAUGCGCGUAAAGGUGUAUUAUUGAGUAGUUAUACACGAAAACGUACAAGAAGACGAAAACGUGGAAGAAGCAUGACUGGAAAUGAAAAAAAUGGUGGAGCUAGAAGCAGGUUCAUAUCAGUGACACCAAGUCCAAGUCCAAGCCCACGACAUUCAGGUAUACGACCAUCACAUUUACCAUUACAAAUAUUACCACCAAAACCGCCAGAUCCAAUAAAUCGUCUUGCACCACAUCGUAGUAUGCUUCAUUCACGUCAAGCAAGUAAUAAUAGUAAUCAACAAUCAUCAAUGGAUGAUUCUGGUGUUGUUGAUGAUCAUGAUGGUGAUGAUGUUACAUCAGCUGAAGAACAUGAAAGACGUGAACAUAGAGAACAUAAAAGAGAAAGUAGAAUUGAAAGACAAGAACGUAUGCAACUGACAAAUCAAGCAAUUAUGGAAAAAUCAUUACCAUCAUUAGCACCAGUAACAGUAUCAGUUAGAAGUCGUAAUCGUGAAAUAAGAGUAUUAAAAUGUAACGGUGUUAAGAAUAAAAAACAAUUGUAUACAUUACCACCAGAAUAUUUAUCACAUAUUGUUGUUCUUGAUGAUCUUCCUGAUCGUAAUUGUGACAAGUGUAUACAAUGCUGUGUAGACUAUGAGGGAUGGUUACGUUUUCAAAAUUGUUUGUACAAGGUGGUUAGAGAUCCUCUUUUUGAAUUGACAAUAACACUUUGUAUUGUAUUGAAUACUGGAUUUUUAGCACUUGAACAUCAUGGAAUGAGUGAAUCAGUUAGACAAGCAUUAAAUAUUGGCAACAAAGUAUUUACAAGUAUAUUUACAUUUGAGUGCUUCCUUAAAUUAUUAGCACUGAGUAAAGAUUUUUUUAGUAAUGGAUGGAAUAAUUUUGAUUUAAUAAUUGUAUCAGCAUCAUUAAUUGAUUUGACAUUUGAAUUAGUUGAUGGUUUAUCUGUAUUACGUGGUUUAAGAUUAUUACGUGUACUUAAAUUAGCACAAUCAUGGACAACAAUGAAGGUUUUAUUAAGUAUAAUAAUAUCAAGUAUUGAAGCACUUGGUAAUUUAACACUUGUACUUGUUAUUGUAAUUUAUAUAUUUGCUGUUAUUGGUAUGCAAUUAUUUAGUAAAGAUUAUACACCAGAUAAAUUUUAUCCUGAUCCUGUACCACGUUGGAAUUUUAAUGAUUUUUUUCAUUCAUUUAUGAUGAUAUUUCGGAUACUUUGUGGUGAAUGGAUUGAACCAUUAUGGGAUUGUAUGAGAGCUGAAAAAAAUGAUGGUCCAGAAACAUGUUUUGCAAUAUUUUUACCAGCAUUAGUUAUGGGUAAUUUUAUGGUGCUUAAUCUCUUUUUGGCUUUGUUGCUCAAUAGUUUUAAUUCAGAAGAAUUAAAAAUGAAAAAACAAGAAGUUGGUGAAGAUUCAAAAUUAGCAAAAUCAUUUGAUAGAAUACGUUCAAUUGUUAGAAAAAAACGUUUUAAAAAAAUUAAUACAAAUGAUAAAAAAAAUAUUAAAUUAGAAAAAAUUGUUAGAGAAGUUAUGGAUAAAACAGAUAAAGAAAAAUAUGCAAUACAAGAAACAGUUUUAACAUUACCAAAAGAGAAUAUAUAUAAUAGAUCAUAUCAAGAAAGUUUAAAUCAACCAGUAUUUACAUAUGAGCCAAUUUAUCGUCAAGCAACUGUUACAACAUAUAGUCCAAAUAAUUUGGAUAAUAUUCAUAAAUUUGAUGAUGAUGAUGAUAAAAAAAUUGAUAAUAAUGAUGAAAAUAUUGAAAUGGAAAUAUUUAAUGAUACAAAUGAUAAAUAUGAUAAAAAAAAAAUUACAAUAAAUGAUAAUAAUGAUCCUCCCAAAGAUAAUAAUAAUAAAGAUAUUGAAAAAAAAGAUAAUAAUAUAAAGCCAGGUGAAAAACGUCCUUGGCAUGCACUUGUUAGUUAUGUCGAUGAAUUGACUGUUGGUGGUAGAAGAGACAGUAAGGGUCAUUAUGUUGAUGGAAUGGGAACAUUUCCAGGUUUUGGAAGAAAUAAACCACUCAAAGAACCACAAGAUUGUUUUCCUCAGCAUUGUUAUCAAAGAUGUGAUUGUAUAAAUUUAUGCAUUGCCACAGAUCUUGGACGUAAAUGGAUCAAUUUACGUACAACAGUAUUGGGAGUUGUUGAUACACCAGUAUUUGAAUGGAUGAUACUUGUAUUAAUAUUUGCAUCAUCAAUAACACUGUGUUUUGAAGAUAUAUAUCUUGAUGAUAAUCCAAGUUUAAAAAAAAUACUCUACUGGACAAAUCUUGUAUUUUGUUUAUUAUUUGCAAUUGAAAUGAUACUCAAAUGGCUGGCACUUGGGUUUUGUAAAUAUUUUACAAGCUUCUGGACAGUAUUGGAUUUUGUUAUUGUUUUCGUAUCAACGUUUAGUCUUUUGAUAGAGGAAAAUGAAAAUCUCAAAGUGCUGAGAUCGUUAAGAACACUUCGGGCAUUGAGGCCACUCAGGGCAAUUUCAAGAUGGCAAGGCAUGAGGAUUGUUGUUAAUGCAUUGAUGUAUGCUAUUCCCAGUAUUUUCAAUGUAUUACUUGUUUGUCUCGUAUUUUGGCUAAUUUUUUCCAUAAUGGGUGUACAAUUUUUUGGUGGUAAAUUUUUCAAGUGCAUCGAUGAUUACGGUGAACUUUUAGAUAUUUCAGUUGUUAAUACAAUGGACGAAUGUUUGAGUAAAAAUUAUACUUGGGAAAAUAGCAAGAUAACAUUUGAUCAUGUUGGCAUUGCUUAUCUGGCAUUAUUCCAAGUUGCAACAUUUGAGGGUUGGAUGGAAGUUAUGCAAGAUGCUGUUGAUGCAAGAGGUGUUGAUUUACAGCCUCAAAGAGAGGCAAAUAUUUAUGCCUAUAUUUAUUUUGUUAUAUUUAUUGUUUGUGGUUCGUUCUUUACUUUAAAUCUUUUCAUCGGAGUUAUCAUUGACAACUUUAAUAUGCUUAAAAAAAAGUAUGAAGGUGGAGUGCUAGAAAUGUUUCUGACUGAAAGCCAGAAGCACUACUACACUGCCAUGAAAAAACUUGGUCGUAAAAAGCCUCAAAAAGUUAUAAAACGUCCGAUAAAUCAAUUUCUUGCAAUGUUUUAUGAUCUUUCAAAUUCAAGAAGAUUCGAGAUUGCAAUAUUUGUAUUGAUAUUUUUAAAUAUGUUAACAAUGGGUAUUGAACAUUACAAUCAACCACAUCCAAUAUUUUUUUUAUUGGAAGUAUCAAAUGCAUUUUUUACAACUGUCUUUGGUCUUGAGGCAAUUGUUAAAAUGGUUGGUUUACGUUAUCAUUAUUUUACAGUACCAUGGAAUUUAUUUGAUUUUUUACUUGUACUUGCAUCAAUACUUGGUAUACUUAUGGAAGAUAUUAUGAUUGAUUUUCCCGUGUCCCCGACGCUUUUGCGAGUCGUGAGGGUGUUCAGAAUUGGUAGAAUAUUAAGGUUAAUUAAAGCAGCUAAAGGAAUAAGAAAACUUUUGUUUGCUCUUGUUGUUAGUUUACCAGCAUUAUUUAAUAUUGGUGCAUUACUUGCACUUAUAACAUUUAUAUAUGCUAUUAUUGGUAUGUCUGUAUUUGGCCAUGUUAGAAAACAAGGUGCUCUAGAUGACAUGGUUAAUUUUGAAACAUUUGGUCGGAGUAUGCAGCUGUUAUUUCGUUUAAUGACAUCGGCAGGAUGGAACGACGUCCUGGAGUCUCUGAUGGUUCAACCGCCGGACUGUGAUCCAACCCCAAACAGCCGGCAGUUGAACGGAGACUGUGGGUCACCACUCCUAGCCAUAACAUAUUUUACAUCUUUUAUUAUUAUCAGCUACAUGAUUGUCAUCAAUAUGUAUAUUGCAAUUAUAUUAGAAAACUUUAAUCAAGCACAUCAAGAAGAAGAAAUUGGUAUUGUUGAAGAUGAUCUUGAAAUGUUUUACAUAAGAUGGUCAAAAUAUGAUCCGCAUGCUACGCAAUUUAUAAGAUUUUCACAAUUAAGUGAUUUUAUUGCUAGUUUAGAUCCACCGUUGGGAAUAUCAAAGCCUAAUGUUGUUGCAUUGGUUAGCUUUAAUCUUCCCAUCGCAAAGGGUAAUCGAAUACAUUGUUUGGACAUCCUUCACGCACUUGUCAAGCACGUACUUGGACACGUUGAAGAAUCAGAAGAUUUUAGAAAAUUACAAGAACAAAUGGAUGGUAAAUUUAAAAAACAAUUUCCAACAAGAAAAGAAUUAGAAAUUGUUUCAUCAACAAGAAUAUGGAAAAGACAAGAUAAAGCUGCAAGGCUUAUCCAACGUACAUUCCGUGAUUAUAUAGCAAUGAAAAAAGAACGUGAAAGAAUUGCUCAAGAGGUGGAUUCACAGACACAAACGUCAAGUCCGGGUGGUAUUGGAAGCGAAGGCAGAGGCGGUGGGUGGGGUGGAAAACUGUCGGCCCUUCUACACGUACAUCGUGGUAGUAGGGCCAGUAGUCGCAAGUCCUCCAGGGCCAGCGACGCCAGCGAUUUCAGUGAGUUUGGUACAGCAUCAGCAUGGCUAUUUCCAAAUCUUCCGCUCUUGCUGCUCUCCGGCGCCACGGGAACCCACGAGGACCUGCAACCCCCUGCGUUAACUGUAUCCCGUCCUUCGCCAACCAUGGAACAACCCUCGGUCACCUCGAGCUCUGGAUCUGAUUCCCAUAUUACUGGCAGAUCUUCUGGAGCAAUGCUAGGACGCCAGGAUGCAGUGGAAUCACAUCCUGACGAUGAGAUGUUGAGUCCACCGACGUCAAAACGUGGUUCAUUGAGGCCAAGUGGUACCGCCCUUUCGUUGAACAUGUUGCAGCGCGAUAUCAAAGAUGCAUUUACGCGCCGUUGCAGCAGCUUGAGAAGGCGGCCACCAUCCUCAUUAUUAGAACCAGCACCACUUAAAAUACCAGAACGUAAUGACGUCAGUAUCCUGGUGACUGAGCCAAGUCCAGAGACUGCUAUACCACCUGGUAGACCACCACUUAUAAGACAACAAUCAGAAGCAACUGUUGUACAUGUUCUUGUUCAUCGUGAAAGCGAAGAAUAUAAAGAUACAACAGAUGACAGCUGAUCAUAGUUUUUUGAGACAGUUAAACCAAUAAUGGCAUUAACUUUACUCAAUAAAAUUAUCUAUCUUGUAUAAAACAAAAAAAAAAAAAACAAAAAAACGUACAUAAUUUCAUCCAAAAAUAUGAUUAAUUAAUUUUUUUUUCUUUUGGUUUUUUGUCUUUAUAACUAUUAAAAAAUAAAAAAAUAAAAAAAAAAAAAAAAACG